UGGAUACUGGGAUUAGCUUCGCAAGCUCUGCUAGCUGCCUCGCAGAAACUGGACGAGAUGGACCCGGUGGUAACCACCACCUACGGGAAACUGAGGGGCUUCAAGAAGGAACUCAACAAUGAAAUUCUGGGGCCCGUCAUCCAAUUUCUUGGCGUGCCCUACGCGGCGCCCCCUACUGGUGAACGACGGUUUCAGCCCCCCGAGCCCCCGGUGUCUUGGCCAGACGUGCGUAACGCCACCCAGUUCGGCCCUGUCUGCCCUCAGACCAUUAUGGAGGGCAGACUGCCUGACGUCAUGUUGCCCGUGUGGUUCACCAACAGCCUGGAGAUCGUCUCUACCUAUGUGCAGGACCAGAGCGAGGACUGUCUUUUUCUCAACAUUUAUGUGCCCACGGAGGAUGGUCCCCUUACAAAGAAACAGAAUGAUGAUAUAAGUGAUAAUGACGGUGCUGAGGAAGAAGACAUCCGCGAGAGCGGGAGCCCCAAACCGGUGAUGGUGUUCAUUCACGGGGGAUCAUACAUGGAAGGCACCGGAAAUAUGUUUGAUGGAAGCAUCUUGGCUAGUUACGGCAAUGUCAUCGUCAUAACCAUGAACUAUCGGCUAGGCGUUCUGGGUUUUUUAAGCACGGGUGAUCAAGCGGCUAAGGGGAACUAUGGCCUGCUGGAUCAGAUCCAGGCCCUGCGCUGGACUAGUGAAAACAUAGCUUUCUUUGGGGGUGACCCUUUACGCAUUACUGUUUUUGGAUCAGGGGCUGGUGCCUCCUGUGUCAACCUUCUGACUUUGUCCCAUUAUUCUGAAGGCCUCUUCCAGAGAGCUAUAGCACAGAGUGGUACCGCUCUAUCCAGCUGGGCAGUCAGCUUUCAGCCUGCUAAGUAUGCCCGCAUGCUGGCAAAGAAGGUGGGCUGUAACCUCAAAGACUCAGUGGACCUGGUGGAGUGUUUGCAGAAAAAGCACUACAAGGAGCUGGUAGAGCAGGACAUCCAACCGGCGCGUUACCACAUCGCUUUUGGGCCCGUCAUUGACGGUGACGUCAUUCCCGACGACCCCCAGAUUCUCAUGGAGCAAGGCGAGUUCCUCAACUAUGAUAUCAUGUUAGGUGUCAACCAGGGCGAGGGCUUAAAGUUCGUGGAGCUCAUCGUGGACAACGAGAACGGCGUCCAGGCCAACGACUUCGACUACGCCGUGUCGAGUUUCGUCGACGACCUCUACGGUUACCCGGAGGGCAAGGACAUACUUCGGGAAACCAUUAAGUUUAUGUACACGGACUGGGCAGACCGCCACAACCCAGAGACCAGGAGGAAGACCCUGCUGGCGUUGUUUACCGAUCACCAGUGGGUGGCGCCUGCUGUGGCCACCGCAGACCUUCACUCCAGCUUCGGGUCGCCGACCUACUUCUACGCCUUUUACCAUCACUGCCAGACCGAGCAGGUUCCCCCCUGGGCGGAUGCAGCCCAUGGCGACGAGAUCCCUUACGUGUUUGGCUUACCCAUGAUCGGACCCACCGAACUCUUCCCCUGCAACUUCUCCAAGAACGACGUGAUGCUCAGCGCUGUGGUCAUGACCUACUGGACCAACUUCGCCAAAACUGGUGACCCUAACCAGCCGGUCCCUCAGGACACGAAAUUCAUCCACACCAAACCUAACCGCUUUGAGGAGGUGGCCUGGAUGCGCUACAACCAGAAAGACCAGCUGUAUCUGCAUAUCGGCCUUAAGCCUCGCGUCAAAGAGCACUAUCGCGCCAACAAGGUCAACCUGUGGCUGGAACUGGUGCCUCAUCUCCACAGUCUCAACGAGGUAACGCAGAUCAUCUCCACCACCACCAAGGUGCCUCCACCAGAAGUGACUCCACGUACCCCUAGGCCUCCGAAACCCAACACCAAGCGGCCCAACCCCACGCCUUUCCCCACCGAGCCGCAAGAAAUCUCUAACCAAAACCAGCCUUUCCUGGUGGACCAGAGGGACUACUCCACAGAGCUGAGCGUCACCAUUGCAGUGGGAGCUUCUCUCCUCUUCCUCAACAUCCUGGCGUUCGCCGCGUUGUACUACAAGAAGGACAAACGGCGACACGAGGUGCACCGGCGCUGCAGUCCCCAACGGAGCACCGCCAACGAACUCCCACACGCCCAGGAGGAAGAGAUCAUGUCCUUACAGAUGAAGCAUGGCGACCUGGAACGGGACUGCCGCGAGACAAUGCAUCAGCACGAGGUCCUCAGGGCUGGCUGUCCACCCGACUACACGCUGGCCAUGCGACGAUCUCCUGACGACAUCCCUCUAAUGACUCCAAACACCAUCACUAUGAUCCCCAAUAGCAUGGGUCUGGGCUCCCUACACCCAUUCAACAGCUACCCCAGCGGACAGAAUAAUACACUACCACACCCGCACCCACACUCACACUCCACUACCAGAGUAUAG